GUCAACAAUCAAGUGACAGUGUUGUAGUCACCAAAAGUGGCAACCUUCAUUGUCGACUGAUAGUACACAUGGUCGGGCCCACAACAGCAGCUGGGAUUGCAACUUCAGUACAUAAGGUCCUUGAGGAAUGCGAGAAGCAUAAGGUCACUAGUGCUGCAUUCCCAGCCAUAGGGACAGGUAAAGGUGGAAUCAGUUGCAAAACUGCCAUCAAUGCUCUCUUCAGUGGAUUGGAGAAUUAUUUCUCGAGUAUUACAGCGUCCAACAUGAAAUCCAUUUCCAUAGUUGUGCUUGAGCAACAUGUUUAUGACACCGCUGCUGAGGCUUUUGAAGAGAAGAGGUUGAAUUCUGGAGUUAGCACGAUGGGCAAAGCACAGAUGUCUGCGGAUCCACAGGAUAGAUACACCAUACAAGGUCAAAGGAGAGGUUUGUUGCCUACGCAGUUGAAAAUACACAAUGUUUUUGUGGAGGUGAAGCAAGGAGACAUAACCAAUGAAACUGUAAAAGCAAUAGUGAAUUCUACAAAUACAACAUUGGAUCUCAAUUCUGGUGUCUCUGGGGCAAUACUUGCAAAAGCUGGCAGUACUGUUGUAGAUGAAUGUAAGAAACUGGGUUCUCAACCAAAUGAUGGUGUUGUUGUUACCAGUGCUGGCAAGCUUACCUGUGAUUACAUCAUACAUAUGGUCGGUCAAAACAAUCCAGUUAUGAUAACUGCCUCUGUAGAAAAAGUAUUGCAGGAAUGUGAAAAAUAUCAGAUCACAACUGUAUCAUUCCCUGCUCUAGGAACAGGUAUGGGAGGAAUGAAUCCACAGGACACUAUGGAAAGCAUGUUGAUGGGAUUUGAAAAUCAUUUGUCACGAAAUAAGCCAUCCAGUAUUAAACUUGUUUACAUCGUUGUCUACCAAUCUAACGUGUAUAAUAUUUUUAUUGACAUCUUGCUACAAAAAUCACAACAGAAAGUCAACUCAGUAGAAGUAAACAUUGGCAAAAUAAAAUUGGUAGCUGCUCAAGGUGACAUCACAGCAGAACAAACUGACGCAAUUGUAAACUGUACAAAUGUCAACCUUAAUCGAAACAGUGGAGUUUCUGGUGCUAUCUUAAAAGCAGCUGGACAGUCAGUAGUGGAUGAAUGUAGUCAACUAGGUGUCCAAAACGACGAUAGCAUUGUAAGCACAAAAGCAGGAAACCUUCGAGUAAAGUACAUCAUACAUUUGGCAGGCUGGCUUAAAGCACAAAAUACAAAAGGAUCUUUAAUCAAAGUUCUGAAGGAAUGUGAAAACCUAAAAAUAAGUUCAGUGUCUUUCCCAGCAGUGGGAACAG